AUGGCUGCAUCAUCAACAAAUGUUCUUCCCGAAACUUGGCAAUUUUGGGUUGUAUUAAAUGCUGUUGCAAGUGGUCAGAAGAUUUACCAAAUCGAAAAGAUCUUUGCAUUCAAUACAGUCGAAAAUUUCUGGUCAUAUCAAGAAGCUUUACCAAAAGUUUCAGAUUUUAAGAAUGUCAAUAACAAAAAAGUUUCGCUCGCACUAUUCAGAGGAGAAAUACAGCCCGCUUGGGAAGAUCCUGCAAAUGCAAAAGGAGCUACAUACGUACUAACGGUUCCCAAUACAGCAAUUGACGAAUUCUGGGAAACUCUCAUAUUAUUUAUGAUUGGUGGUCAAAUGCAGAGAGAUCUUUUUGAUGGAGAACCAGAAGUUUGCGGAUUAUUUGUUAGAAAUAUAGUUUCUGCUGAAUUUGCUGUUGAAAUAUGGACAAGAUCUGAUAUCGAUCGUAGAAUUGAACUUUUAGACUAUGUUCAUGAAAAUAUAUGUCCACAAGAUUCUGCUUUUAUUAGACUCAAAGAAUUCCAUACACAUGUUUCCAAGACAACAUGGAAUUAA